GGCUAUCGUGAGAAAUAUGCGCACCUUUCACUUUCGGUUUUCUCGAAAUGCACAGUGACGACCUUUGUUUUGAACGAACGACUACACUAGAUAGAUAGUGUUGACAGAACUUCACAAUGGAUGGUAUAGUCGUGGAGGUUCUUGGCGUCCCCAAUAUCCUUGCCUCUGAUAGAAUGGUUGACAAGCUCACUAUACACUUCCUGCGACCACGGAACGGGGGAGGAGAGGUGCAGAGAGUGCUGUUUCCAUCUGAUAGCCCGGGACAGGCCUUUGUCAUAUUUGAGGAACCAGAAGUGGCUGCCCGUGUCUCGCGGUUGACCCAUGUGUUGGAGGUGGACCAACAACAAUUUUGUCUCAAAGUCAGAAUAGUUGACAGGCCUGAGGUGGACAUGCCAGUCAAGGCAACUCUGGAUGUGAGAAUGUUCCCCAAUGACAGAGAGGUGCGGCGACUCCUAGACAUCCAUGGCUUUAAGGUGAACGAGCUUCAACAUGGUCAGCUGCUUGUCCAGGGCUCCUUUCUGAAGCUCAGAGCAGUGAAGGCCCAACUGCAGCAGCUCCUACACCAAGACAACCAGCCCCAAUACAACCCUUCCCCACCUAGCCUCAGUGGCCAUGCCUCUGGGACCUACAAAGAAUCCACCAGGAUGCACCAGACCAAUGGCACUGCAAUGCAUGCUGGGAACAUGAGUCCUAUGUAUGCUGGGAGCAGGAGUCCUAUUUCAGUCAAUGGAGAGCAGUUUGCACAUGUCCUGCAGUCUUCUUCCCCUACCAACUAUUCACGGGACUCAGGGUCACCUUGUAGCCUCUCCAGCCCCCGGAGUGACAACCUAUCUCCCAGUCUUCUGGCACCAGGGUAUGGGGCCAAUGUGACCCACAGGAGGAACCCAUCUCCCAGCAGGUCUCGCAGUGUGGUCUCCUUCCUAAUGGACGCAGAUGUGCUCCGAUAUGCCCAGUGCGUCAGGAAAAAAGACAUUGAUACAAUCCUUGUAAGCAACAACAUUCAAAUGAAUGUGCAGCCUAGUGAAUGUUCCGAUAUCAGUUCUGUUAGCCUCGAGGGGAAGAACCCAAAUGCUGCUAUGGAAAAGCUGCAAGACUAUCUCACUACACUCAACACAACACUACGCACCCAAGAAAUCCCACUGGGAACAAUCGAUCACAACGGGCAGGUUAGAAUUAGUAAACGGAUUCAGAAGUUUAAUAGUGUUUAUCCUACUGUCCUCGUCAAUCAGGUCGGAGAUAUUCUCCGCCUUGUAGGGCCUUCCAGGGACAGUUAUGACAUGAUGCAGAUUCUCUUGGGAAAACCCCUAGAACUUCCACCAGCCGGGCGAACAGGGAGGGCACUGGACAGGGGCUCAAGGGACAGGAGAAGCAGUUCUCUAUCGAGUCUGCCCAAAAGGAAGGAUGCCCCCAUCCCAUGGGAUCAUGACACUGCCCCUGUGUCUGCUGCUGUACCAGAUUACUCCCCCUCAAAGUACCAGGGUGACUCUGGGCAUGAAAGGACUGUACAGAGGGCUGGAAGCCCAGUACCCUAUACAUCCACCCCCAGUCACAGGGGAAGAAGUCACUCUGAUUCACAGGAGAAAGUAAAGGAGCAGAGAGUAACACAGAGGGACUUCUCGAGGCAAGAAAGGGUGGAUGAUGUGGUAGGGCCCUCUGCUGGAGCUCAGAUGCCAGUGAUGAAAAAGAAGUCAUUACUUCCCAAAAUUCCUACCAACAAAGCAGGUUGGAAGGAUGUGCUAUCAGGGAAAAAAAAGAAAAAGCCAUAACAAGUCACUAGUUUACAUUCUGACACCUAUAAUACAAUUGGCUUUAACUGUGUAUUUCUUGAAUAUCUUAUAUGUCAUGAUGUGGGGCAUAAAAUUGAUUAUGACAGAUUCUAAUAUGUUCUUUCUUGUGGUCUGUUUUGAAACUACUAUUGUUAAUAAAUGUGGUUGAUUUUAUUUAUAUUUAUUGAGGGUUAAAGAGAAUGACAAAUGUAUUAUAUUUGUAAAUCUUUUUUUGUUGCUGUGAUAUUUGUUAUUAUUUUCAUUGUGUUUGAGACUAAAUCACUUUCGAAAGGUUUUGUAUAAAAUAUGCAAAUGAAAACGCAAUUCGUUUCUGGAGUAGACUUUCAAUGUAGCCUAAUGAUUAAUCAUAAUCUAUCUGUGUUGAUUAUUUGGAACAAUUUGCCUAUUCUGGGAUGAUCUCAUUCAAUCACUUGUGGAAACUGUCAUGGAAUGUGUUAAUUUAAAUUCUUCACAUAGAUUAAAAUCAACAUAUUCUCUCUU